AUUAUUUCCUAUUAUAUAUACUCAUCGCUAAACUUGGACGCUGCUUCUACGUACACAACGCACGCAAGAUUAUACUACUUUGUGCCUUGCUCAUAGUUUUCUUGUCCUCCACGUUCCCUCCUUCUCCCAUUUAUCUCUAGAUGCCUGAAAACCCUCAGCAGGCUCCAGCUGUCGCUGCAGCACCCUCAAAAUCAAAACACGGUGCUACAUCCCAAGCUGCACCCGCACCGAGGAAAGUUAGAUUCAACGUUGGUACUCAGUAUCAGGUUCUCGAUGUCGUAGGCGAGGGCGCAUAUGGUAUCGUCUGUUCAGCUGUUCACCGGCCCAGUGGCCGCAAGGUUGCCAUCAAGAAGAUCGCACCCUUUGAUCAUUCCAUGUUCUGCUUGCGGACACUCCGAGAACUAAAACUCCUCAAAUUUCUCAGUGAAGCUGGCGUAAGCGAGAAUAUCAUUUCAAUUUUGGACAUUAUCAAGCCUCCUUCUCUAGACGCUUUCAAAGAAGUUUAUCUGAUCCAGGAGCUGAUGGAAACAGACAUGCACCGUGUUAUCCGAACCCAAGACCUCUCAGAUGACCACGCUCAAUAUUUCAUUUAUCAAACCCUGCGCGCACUCAAGGCCCUACAUUCUGCUGAUGUCAUCCACCGUGAUCUCAAACCUUCAAAUCUCCUCCUUAAUGCAAACUGUGAUCUCAAGGUCUGCGACUUUGGGCUGGCACGAUCAGUAAAGACCGCCGAACCAUCAGGCACCGAAACCGGGUUUAUGACCGAAUAUGUCGCUACACGGUGGUACCGAGCCCCUGAGAUCAUGCUGACGUUCAAGCAAUAUACUAAAGCUAUCGACGUCUGGUCUGUUGGAUGCAUUUUGGCUGAGAUGCUCUCCGGAAAACCUUUGUUCCCCGGCAGAGACUACCACCAUCAGCUCACCUUGAUCUUGGAUGUUCUCGGCACACCAACGCUGGACGAGUUUUACGCCAUUACCACACGCAGAUCACGAGAUUAUAUUCGAGCUCUUCCUUUCCGCAAACGCCGGCCAUUUGCGCAAAUCUUCCCCAACGCCAAUCCUUUGGCUGUAGACUUCUUGACAAAGACUCUCACAUUCGAUCCUAAGAAACGCAUAACAGUCGAAGAGGCUUUGGCUCACCCAUACCUCGAAGCAUAUCACGAUCCCGAUGACGAACCAGUUGCACCACCGCUCGACCCGGAGUUCUUCGAAUUCGACCUACACAAGGACGAUAUCAGCCGCGAACAGCUCAAAGAGCUCCUCUACGAAGAGAUCAUAUCCUUCUGUCCCGCCCCAAUCACCUAAACACACCAUCGCUGUUCAUAAACCAGAGGAUCCAUAUGUAAUACUGUGCCGAGCGUCAAAUCGAAUUAGGAGAUAGAAAUAUGUACGAAAUAUGUUCUUUGGUGCCUUCUAACUGGUAGUCGUGCUGCUUUGCUAUGGACAGUACUCAUUCGAUGUUUUUGUGUAUCUCUUCGCAAUCAGCAGCUCAUCGCACGGAUCUUGUAAUUAUUACACGUUUUUGUCGCCGCGUCACCCAAUGUUCAAUCUAUGCAAUUUAUUUGGAUGACCAGUGCCUAUAGACAUGGUCACUGUCUGAUAA